AUUCACUUAUAAAUUUGACUCUUCACUCAAUAUAUAUCACAAACAAAACAACACAUUAAAAAGAGAGAGAAAAGAUUAAGAAGAGUAAAACUAUGUCAAUGUGUAACAUCCUAAUCUUCGCAGCCCUUUUACUCAGCUUCAUGAUUACUGCUUCGGUAGCCCGUCCAUACUCGACUCUCCAGAGCAAAGAUACGGAGACGGAGAAGAAGUGUGAAACGAAUGAGUGUCUGAUGAAAUCGACGUUGGAUGCUCAUCUUGACUACAUCUAUACCCAAUCGCACCCGAAACUGCAUACAGCAGUUAAAGAAAUAGAAACACUAUGUGAAACGGAGGAAUGUUUGAUGAAAGCAACGUCAAAUGCUCACGUGGAUUACAUCUACACUCAGAAGUCUCCUCCACAAAAGCCAAUCCAUAACUAAUAUAUUCAACGUGUGUUCCAUCAUGUUCUGUUGUGUUCUCCAUCUUUCUAUACAACCAAAAAAAACUUAAUCAGCAAAAACUUAGUACUGUUUAUGUUUUAUUUUAAGUGGUUUCUGACCUCAAACAAACCAAAAAAAAAAACUCUCAAGAUAAAACGGUUGUAAUAGUGUUAUUUCGUACGCUGAUAGCAUUUGUUGUGCUUGGAUCAUCUUCUUCCCGAGGGCUCUCAAGAGCGUACUGAAACGUUCGAACAACUCAAUGUUCCAAAAGCUU